AUGCCUCAACUUCCCGCCCGGCAGGGUGUAGCCAUUCUGCUAAGGCAGGGCCAGAGCCUCCAAGUCAUCAAUACGCAUGGAAAGCAAGUGGUCGACUUUUGGGCCUUCAAUUUCAAGAAUGGCCAAGAGUACCUCUCGACUAGUCACACUCGAGCAAUGCUGUCAAGCAUCUCUUUGCGCAAGAGAGACAAGUUAUACAGUUGCCGCCGCAAGCCCAUCUUAACUCUUGUCGAUGACACGACCCCAGGGAUCCACGACUUGCUCUUCCCCGCUUGCGAUGCUGAGCGUUAUCGCCAAUUGGGUGCUGUGGGUUAUCAUGACAGUUGCCAUGAUAAUAUGCACAAAGCCCUGGGAGAGUUGGAGUUUAUCAAGCCCAGAGCUGAUUGGGUCCCAGAUCCGCUAAACCUGUUUAUGAAUGUGGCUGUGGAUCAUCAUGGUGGAAUUGAUAUCCGUGCUCCUACAAGCGACAAGGGCCAAUAUGUCAUUUUGAGAGCCGAGACCGAUCUUGUCGUCGUCAUGAGCGCGUGCCCCCAAGAUAUGGUCAAUGUUAACGGGAACGGGCCUACUGAUUGCGAGUAUCGUGUGCUUGAGGAAUCUCGAUUAAGUGUAAUAUUAUAA